CACACACACAGCCAUGUCCUUCCACCUCUUUUACGAGACGUGGUCCGACGAGCUUCGCCAGUUGGUGCACCAGCUCCGGCAGGCCCCGAUCCCUCCGGCCACCGAGGAUGACCGCCGCCAGCUCCAGGAGCUGGUCCAGAAGGUCAUUUCCCACUACGACGAGUACCACCGCUUCAAGACUUCGGCCGCGAAGAGAGACGCGCUGGCGUUCUUCACGGCCGCUCCAGGGACCACCUCCCUAGAGCGGUCCCUCCAUUGGAUCGCGGGGUGGCGCCCCACCACCGCCUUCCACCUCAUCUACACCGAGUCUAGUAUCACGCUGGAGAUUCACGUGGCCAACUUGCUCCGCGGCCUCUACAACGGCGACCUCAGGGAUCUGUCCAUGGAGCAGUUCCACCGCGUCAGCCAGCUGAAGGCCGAGACCGUGCAGCGGGAGAAUGAGCUCACCGAUCAGCUCUGCGAUUGGCAGGAUGAGACAACUGCAAUGGUUGGAAACAUCAAGAUGGAGAAACUGGCGGUCAUUGUUGAAAAGGCCGAGGAUCUUCGGCUGAAGACCAUCAAGAGCAUCAUGAAGGUGUUGACGCCGCGGCAGGCGGCAGAGUUCUUGGUCGCCGCCGCAGAUCUCCACUUCGGGAUUCGUGCCUGGGGUGUUCAGCAUGAUAGCCGCCGCGGCAUGGUUUAAUUAAAAUGAAAUAAUAUAUGCAGUCAUCAAUUUAAGGAUUGUAUUUCAUGAAUAUUGAAAUAUAUAAUUGAAGUACUAAAAAUAUAUUGCCUUUA